GUAAAAUGUAAAUUCUCCUUUUUCACGUACACACGCAAAUUGCUCCUCUGCCUCCUCCACUAUUCAAAAUCUGCACUCUCAGGGAGAAAGAAACAUCACUGUCAGUGUUGUGUGUGUGUGUGUGUAUAUAUAUAUAUAGAUAGAGAGAUAUUGAGAAGAAGAAUCCUAAUUUGUUGAGGAUCAGGAUCAGGUUAAAUUUGGUUGAAGAGUGAGUGUGCAUGGAAGAGUUUGGAGAGGGAGAUGUUUUGAGGAGGAUGCAGAGGGAGCAAGAGAGGGAGAGGAGGAGAAUUCGCGACCGCGAGAGGAGGCAGGCCAUGACUCAGGAACAAAGGGAGCGCCACCUGGCCAGGAGGCGCCGGAACUACCAGCUAAGGAGGCAGAGGGCAGCAAAUAACAAUGCUGCCGGAUUCAUUCCUCUCCCUCAACCACCGCAGCCGCAGCCGUUUCUAGAAUCAAGUGCUGGUGAAGCCAGUACUAGUGAUGAGCUUCAAGGUCUCACCACUCCAUUAGACCAUACUGCCCUCUCUCAUCAUGGCAUUGCUCUCCCUCACCAAGGAUCAUCAUCAGUUCAUAUGGAAAAUCUAGCAUAUAAACCAGCCAAUUCAGCAACAUUGCGGCUAAAUCAUAUUAAGCGCCUCGCGCGAAGCCUGACAUCUUCAAUUGAUGACCCAGCAGCUGCUACUCAACAGGUUCCAGCUGAAUUGAUAACAAAGGAAGAUCUAUCAACUGCUGAUUGUGGUGGCGCGCAGAAAUCUCUGCGUUUGAAUUGUGUCAAGCGCCUUGCGAGAUCAAUAAAUUGUGUUCCCAAAGAGAUUGAAUCUCAGAAAAACUAUACUUCUGCACAAGAAGGGAUUCAAUUACUUGGUAAUGAGAGCUCUAUAGCCUCUAGUUAACAUCUUUAUGAAAUCAAAUGGUUCACUCAAAGCUUUCAGGUAAACUUGGAAGAUUGUAGAAACUGCUUUUUAGGUUUAUGUCAUAUACACAGAGGAAAAAGAAGAAAAGGCUUAUACUUGAAGGGUUUGGCUGCAGUAUGGUGUAUAAUGAACUGUGAUAGUCAACACCAACUUCACAAAUAGAAAUCCUUUUCAGCAUUCUUUCAUUUGUAUUUUAUGAUGAUAGAUAUUUUUAGACUCAGCUUUCUUUUCUUGUUUACUAGCAUAUUAGACCAAUAUACUUUGGAUAGCAUUUUGAUCUCCAUCAGAAUAUUUCUUUAUUUAUCAUUGUCAACAAAGUUGAGAAUUGAGAUUUGUUCUUACAUAUUAGAUCAAUAUAAACUUGCCUAG